AUGGAACAUAACCCUAAUGCGGUGAUCGUCUGAUCUCUCUCUUCGAUGAGAUAAGCCCUGUUACUGUUGUUAGGACUGUUCUUACAUCUGGAGCUGAAAAAUGUUCCCAUUUUUUGCGCUAUCCAUGGAUUCCACUAGUUCCAUCAACAUUUUCAGUCGAUGAAUUGUGUAAGGGACCGGCCUUCAAUGGUUAAGUCUUUUGCCUUGCCAACGUUAAAAGUUGGUACCUUGUCGUUUCCAUGAAGAUUACAGAAUCGAAAACAAAACCUAAUUCGAAAUCGGCUCGAGCCAAUAGAAAAUCUGGUUCUUCACAGAAAAGGAUUGUGAUUGAGAAUAUAUACGAGAGUAGAGCCGAGCCUAAUGAUGGCGCGGCGGUGCAGAUGACCCUUUUGUUCUUUACAGCCCGUCCCUUCUGGGUUCGAGCCUCCAAGAUCGCCAUUUCUCACUUUCAUAGCCUAGUAGCUCACGGAGGAUCUCGCUCACGGCCAUUCCACGAUAAGGAGGUAAUAUCUUACUCCGAGGCCUGGUUUGUGAAGGUUGUUUAUACUCUUUUUGUUCGCUCUCCAUCACUGGAUUCUUGCGUUGGUUAUCUUAGUAAGAAUUUAACAUCUUCAAUUGCGUUUGAGGUCAUUAAACGGCUAAACAAUCCGAAAUUGGGUUUGAAGUUCUUUGAGCUCAGUAGGGACAAGUUUAGUGUCAAUCAUAGUUUUAGGACUUACAAUUUUCUCAUGAGGUCCCUAUGUCAAAUGGGUUUUCCUGAUUCGGCUAAAUUUGUAUUUGAUUGCAUGAGGACUGAUGGUCUCUCACCUGAUAACGCGGCUAUAGAGUUUUUGGUUUCUUCGUAUGCACAAGUUGGUAAGUUAGACUACGGCGAGAAAUUGCUUGACGAGCUUCAGUGUGAUGAGUUUAGAGUGAGUGCAUUUGUUUACAAUAGUUUGUUGAACGUUUUGGUUAGACGAAAUCAAGUUAGUGAGGCUGUUUGCUUAUUUAAAAAACAUAAGGGCUCCCAUUUUCAACCGGAUAUUUGGACUUUUAAUAUUAUCAUUCGAGGCUUGUGUGGAAUAGGAGAAGUCCAUACCGCUUUUGGGUUUUUGGAUGAUAUGGAGAAGUUUGGCUGUUCUCCAGAUAUUGUUACAUAUAACACAAUGAUAAGUGGACUGUGUAGGACUAAUCAGGUUGAUAGAGGUUGCAAAUUGUUGAAGAAAAUUCAAGCAAGGAGCGACCUUUCACCUAAUGUUAUAACUUUUACAUCAGUCAUAUCUGGUUAUUGCAAAUUGGGUCAGAUGGAGGAGGCUUCUGCCCUUUUUGACGAGAUGAUUCAUUCAAACAUUAAACCAAAUACGUACACUUUUAAUGCUCUUAUUGAUGGAUUUGGUAAGGCUAAUGACAUGGCAUCGGCGAUUUCCUUGUAUGAGAAGAUGCCCUUUUAUGGUUCUCAUCCGGAUGUCAUAACCUUCACUUCUCUAAUUGAUGGCUACUGUCGAGCUGGGCAGCCAAACCAGGGUUUGGAGCUUUGGCGUGAGAUGAAUGCAAGAAAUGUGUCUCCAAAUGGGUAUACGUUCUCUGUUCUUAUUCUUGCUCUUUGCAAAGAUAAUAGACUAAAUGAGGCUCGUGAUUUUCUGAGACAAUUAAGUCAGAGUAAUAUUGUUUCAAAAUCUUUUAUGUACAACCCUGUGGUUGAUGGAUUGUGCAAGGCCGGUAAUGUUGACGAGGCAAACAGGAUUGUGGCAGAGAUGGAGGAGAAGAGAUGCAACCCUGACAAAGUGACUUUCACCAUUCUCAUUCUUGGGAAUUGUAUGAAAGGGAGGUUGUUAGAGGCAAUUGGUGUUUUCAAUAAAAUGUUGACAAUUGGAUGUGCUCCUGAUAAGAUAACUGUGGAUAGUUUGGCAUCAUGUCUCUUCAAGGCUGGGAUGCCUAAUGAAGCGAUUCAUAUUAAAAGAACUGCUGUUGAGGAUCCAAAUUUGGGUGUGUCAUGUUUAAGAAGUAGUCAUUCGUUAACAAAUGCUGAGAUACGAUUGGCUGUAUAAUUGAAUGGCUUCCACAAAAAUGCCUGUUCGUUCUUGGUCUUCAGGUGGAAAAAUCCUUCCAAAGUAUUACCAAGUGCAAUGCGUCCAUUUUGUAGUGCACACAGACAAAACCAGCAACUCAGGUAUGCUGCAAUGUGAGCUCCUUAACAGACUAUUCUUUACAAUUUCUGGAUUGUUAAUUCAUCCGUUUUCUUCCUGGAUUGCAGGUGAGUGUCUACCUUGAUGUUGAUAUAGAAGUGUGACAUACCUGGUUUUGGACAAUAGAUUUUUUGACACUAAGAUGGAGAUCUGUAAUGCUCUCUUAUUCAAAUAAGAUCUCCAACACCAAGGAUUACUUGAACAGACCCACCUGAACAGGGCCUUCGGGAAUCACACAAAAUGACAGUAAUCACACAUAAUACUAUCCGACGCAUGUAGCAUCCUUCAAUUUGUUUUUUUCUGGUAAUUUUAUUACCAUUAUAUUUGACUAAAGUCGAAGUUCAGAUAUUCAAACUGCUGAAAAGAAAGGGUUGUUCUGGGAAAGAUGGGGGAAAAGUCUUAGCUGGACCAACAUUUUUGUAAUAAAUUUGUAGCCUAGUAUUUUGGCCUUCCUGAUCGGAGUUGCUUUUGACUCGAUGUAAACUGUAAUUUAACUAGUUUUCCCCCUUCUCUUUUUCGCUUCUUAUACAUUUUCUCAAAUGGUGUACAGGAUUGAGUUACCUAAAUAGUUCUAACCAAAGAAUUUCAAUUUUUGGGGCAGAAAUUCUUUUCA